GCAAGCGUUCAGCAGCUCAGUAUUGCUCGGCAUCGGAGUGGCGUUCAUGCGUGUUCGUGGUAUCUCGUAGCUCUCUCCUAUACGUUUCGAUUCAUCGUCUCGCUCUCUCGUUUUCGUUCCUCUCUCCCUUUCACCGACUUCCCGACAACGUUGACACAUUGCUGCACGCCUCUCAUAACAAACAGUGCGGAGCUCGGACUGCUCGGGCACACAAAGCCACCACGGUAAUCGUAAAUCGUAAUGCGUAGCUGAAGGUGCAUUUCUACGGUCUCUGGUGUGUCGUGUAUGCGCGUAUCGCUCAGGAAAAAUUCACCGGCACUGGCAUAGCGUUUCGACGUUGUCUCCGCCGCUGUUCCCGCCCGAACGUACACUUUGGCGAAAAGAAGAAAUUGGAAAUGACCAAGUACUUGACAGCCACUGUCGUGGUCAUCCUCUGUGGUCUCCUUGGAUAUACCAACUCACAAGGAAGUUUACCCAACACGGAUGAAGUAUUAAACAAAGUUUCUAAUGUCUUGGAUUUAAACAGUCUGAAUGUAUCUUCGAUACCAGAUUUAGAAAGCCUUAACACAUCGGCGAUACCGGCUUUGAAUGAUGCGAGGAAUCUGCUCAAACAAAAAUGUGAUCAAAAUGGGGGAGAGGGUGCAUUUGAGACUGCCGAUCGUGCCAAAGGUGAGAUAGCGCAGUGCCUUAAAUCAUUUGUGAAUGUCACGAAGUUGCAAGAAGAAAUGGAAAAAUACAAACCUACCGGAGAUUUGGAUAUUGUGUUCAAAAAUUAUUGCCGCAAAACUCCUAUGCUUAAGAGCUGUGUGAGCAACUUCACAGCAGCCAUAGAGCCUUGUUUGGAACCUAAAGAAAAAGAAAAUAAGAAAAUAAUUCAAAACAUUACGGACUCUCUUCUUAGUUUCAUAUGCUUUAAAGAAGGAGAUCGCAUUGCUCUUUUCAUAUCUGCCGAUGGGCCAGAAUGUUUGCAAUCGAAGCAACAAGAUAUUGGAAAUUGUCUCAAUGCUACAUUUGGUAGUUACUUACCUCCUGUUGAUUCUAAUGGUGGACUUUUAGGAGGGUUGGAAAGUCUUCCAUCUCUUAUUCUUGGACCUAAGGAGUGCUCGGAUGUUUCCAAACUUCAAACUUGUAUCGUGAAUAAACUGGAAACAUGUUCGGAUCCAACACCAGCGAACAUUGUAGAUUCUAUAUUCAACUUUAUUUUCCGAGUAACGCCGUGUCGAGGUUUAACAACGGCUCGAAGUGCUGCUUCUUCUAGGUCUACAAUUAGUUUGCUGACGACAAGCAUAGUAUUUUUAUUAUUAAGAUUCGUCUGAAGAAAAUUCAAUUAAGUUUUGCAUAUUAUACAUAUCACAAUUCAGCGUCAACGAAUACAUGCGAUUAAAUAAUUUUGUAAUCAAUUAUGUACACAUUUCUUUCGAUCAACAUAUGUUCCAAUGAAGUAUGUUACAAGAUGUGAUAUUUCUCUUUCAUGUAAAAUAUAAUUUGAACUUAGACGACAUCGACGAAGAAAGUCAGGUAACAUAUUCAAGAAAUAGCAAAUGAUUUCUUUCUGUUUGUAAUCUUUAUUUAUUAUCUAAUUGAAGUAUGACCAUUAUAUGUGGCUGAAACGUUUUAAUAAUAAUCGAGGUGCUUUAGAAAAGACUGACAUAAACUCGAGACAUAAAUAUGCGGCACAUUGGACAGACGUUUGGUUUAAUGCAUGAUAUCCUCUUGUUUGGCAAUGUUUUAGAAGAGAAAACGUGUAGUUAUUGGACGGCUGUCCAACGUGCCGUGUAUGUAUGUUCUUACUAAUAUUCGUAGGUGUCCAUCUGUACACGUAAACAAAAUCUAAAUGUAAACUAUACUACAAUAAGACUAGCUCUUCUUGACUUUGCUACACUUUGAAUAUGUUAAAUUUUGUACCAUAGUUACAUAUUUGAGCAGGUUGAUACGAUCUUGUAAUAUAAAUAUUAUUAAUUAUAUGCAAUAAUACAACUUGUAUUAAUACAAAAACUCACACAAAUUGUAUUCAUCAUUCACCUUUGAUUUUGCUACAUUGUAGACAUUCGAGUUCUUGUUUUUUAGCGUUUCAAAAUGUGUUCUCAACUUUGAAUCAGAGGUACGAAACGAUUCAUCGAUAUAUAUUGUUAUAUCGACCUCCUUAAGCCGAAACUAUGAAUGUACGAUUCGAUGAAUUUUGAAAUUCGUAGUUUUGAUAUUUCCAAAAUGGACAAUAACUGAUAACGACAGUUAUAUUCACGAAUUAAAUUUACAUAAUAAUCACCAUUGUUAUCUAACGUAUACAUUUAUCGUUUUGGCAUAAAGCUAAAAAGACAUUCAAUGAUUUGAUACAUAUCUUUACUAAAAAAAGGGGGACGAUAUUAUUUUAGCAACGAAAAUGCGUCGUUCUUAAAAAGAAAAACUUAAAAGUCGUUUAUAUUUUUUUAACGUUGUUUUUAUACUUCAAGAAUAUAAAAUAACAUACAAUUGUUACAAGAA